CACACCACACAGCACCAGUAGCCAUACGAAAUAGACGGAGCUGUCAUAGCCAAUUUAUUGAAAUGAAAAUAUUGCAUCGUAAAUAGAAGAAGAAAUUCUAUGCAAAAGUCUUUUUUGUAUCGCUCGUAAAAAUCAACGGUUUCUUCUAGAUAAAUUCGAUUUGAACUUAAAUUGAAAAUUCCAUUUUGUCGUCGAAACAAUUAGGUAUAGAUUUAAAAGCGAUUCGAUUUGCAUUGCGUCGUGAUUGAAGUAAAAGAAAGGAAAAACUAUCAACAAAAAUGAUAAAAUUGUUUUCACUGAAGCAGCAGCAAAAAGAUGGAGACCAAACAUCAAAAACUGGUACCAACAAAAAGACAUCACCUGCACAGCUGCGAAUUCAAAAAGAUAUUAAUGACUUGAACCUGCCUAAGACAUGCACCACAGAAUUCCCUGAUCCAGAUGACUUGCUGACAUUCAAGUUGUUCAUUUGCCCAGAUGAAGGUUUCUACAAAGGUGGUCGAUUCAAGUUUAGUUUCAAG